GUAUUCAGUUAUAAUUAUGGAAAGCGAAUACGAAGUUGUGUGAUAGUAAUGGCAGAAGAAGUGGUAUUACUGGGUUUCUGGGCUAGUCCUUUUGCAAUGAGGGUGAAAGUUGCUCUGGCAGAGAAGGAAAUAGAUUAUGUGUCCCGAGAACAGAAUUUGUUCAACAAGAGUUCUUUGCUUCUAGAGAUGAACCCUGUUUACAAGAAAGUCCCUGUUUUGAUCCAUGAAGGAAAGCCGAUUUGUGAAUCACUCAUCAUAAUUGAAUAUAUCGAUGAAGUUUGGAAACACAAAGCUCCUUUAUUCCCCUCCGAUCCCUGUGAGAGGGCUCAUGCUAGGUUCUGGGCUGACUAUGUGGAUAAACAUAUUUUCCCAAACGCGCGGUUGUUAUGGGCAGCAAAAGGUGAACGCCAAGAAGCAGCGAAGAAGAGUCUCAUAGAAAGCUUCAAAGCAUUGGAAGGAGAGCUUGGAGACAAGCCCUACUUUGGGGGUGAGAGUUUUGGUCUAAGAGACAUUGCGCUUAUUCCCUUCUUCAGCUUUUUCUACGCAUUUGAGACCCUCGGAAGAUUUUCCAUGGAAGAGGAGUGCCCCGAGAUCGUGGCAUGGGCUAAGAGAUGCUCGCAAAGGGAGACUGUUUCAAAGUCAGUAGUGCUCGACCAGCACAAAGCUUAUGAAUUUGUUUUGGAGCUCAUGGCGUGGCAUGGGGUUAAGUGAGAGAGAUAAUCCGAACAAUGAAUUAUACAAAGAGAUAGCGAUUCUAUUGAAUAAAGCCGUUUUUUUUAUAUAUAUAGAAAUUUCUGGGAGGGCUGAUCUUUCUCUUUUAAAAGUAUUAUAAACAUAUUUUAAUUUAUAUAUGAUUCUACCAUCAAAAUUGAAUCGAAGCUUGGCAUAAAAUGGGAGACAGUGUGUGUUUGUCCAUAACGUCAUUAAAUUGUUCACAGCCUAAUAAAUAUGGUCAUCGAGUAUAACUAGGGAAUUGAAUUUGCCCUUGAACAAAUAAAUAAUUUUGGACCUUCAAAAUAGAGCAGUGCAUAUUAUACAUAUAUUAAUAGAAAAAGGUGUUUUUAUGUAGAAAUAGAAUAAUGGUAAAUUUUGCUAAUUUUAUACUGUGUUUAUUAGCGGUGAUAAAAUUGUAAUUUUUUAUUUUUUUUAUAUAAGAAAACAAGUUUUUUUUUAUGUA